AGCCCAGUUUUGCCCCAGUUGACGUAGUCCUUGUAGCUUCUAAUUGGGAACGGGAAGUGCAAGGUUGAGUGAAGUUUGACCAAAUCGGAAACCAUGGAGGCAGUGGCGGAGGGACUAUGGGGUCUGGCUGAUUACCAUGAAAACCGAUCAGAAAUUGGAAAGGCGGUGAAAUGCCUUGAAGCCAUUUGCCAAAGUCACGUUUCAUUCUUACCCAUAAUUGAGGUGAAGACCCGUCUUCGUAUAGCCACUCUUCUUCUUAAACACACCCACAACGUCAAUCACGCUAAAUCACAUCUUGAACGUUCCCAAUUGCUUCUUAAAUCAAUCCCAUCUUGCUUUGAAUUGAAGUGUAGAACUUUCAGUUUGCUCAGUCAAUGUUAUCAUCUUGUUGGCGCCAUCGCUCCUCAAAAGCACAUUUUGUUCAAGGCUCUUGACCUUACUUCUUCUGCUCCACAUGAGCUUGCAGUGAAGUUGUGGUCUUGUAAUUUCAAUUCUCAGCUUGCGAAUGCUUUGAUUAUUGAAGGAGACUUUCAGACUUCCAUGUCUGCACUACAAUCUGGUUUUGUUUGUGCAACUGAAAUUGCGUAUCCCGAUUUACAGAUGUUUUUUGCAACUUCAAUUCUACACGUGCACCUUAUGCAAUGGGAUGAUGAUAUUUCAGUUCAGAUAGCUAUGAAAAAGUGUGAUGAGGUUUGGAAAUCUAUUGAUCCAAAUAGAAGAGGACAAUGCCUUGGUUUGCUCUUUUACAAUGAGCUGCUGCACAUAUUCUAUCGGCUUCGCAUCUGUGAUUACAAGAAUGCUUCACAACAUGUCGACAAAUUGGAUACAGCUAUGAAGGCUGAUUUGCAGAAAGUGCGAGAAGUUGAGCAGCUGGUGAGUGAACUUGAUGCCUUGAAUCAAAGUCUUUCCCGCCCUGACUUACCAUCCGGGGAAAGGUCAGCUCUUUCUGGAAGACAAGCACAGCUUCAACGGCGGCUUAGAAGUGUGACAGAAUCAAGCUUUGUAACUGGCAAAGACACGCUUGAACCUGCUUUUUUUGGAAAUGCAAGACGGGCGUGGGGAGAUAAGCUCAUGCUUGCACCAGCUCCAAUUGAUGGGGAAUGGCUACCAAAAAGUGCUGUUUAUGCAUUGGUUGACCUGAUGGUGGUCAUACUUGGGCGUCCAAAAGGACUUUUUAAGGAAUGUGCAAAGCGGAUUCAAUCUGGAAUGCAUACUAUCCUAGAUGCCCUAGUGAAACUUGGAAUAACUGAUGGUGUGAGAGAAGUGGAUUUGCAACAUUCAGCCAUCUGGAUGGCUGGUGUGUAUUUAAUGCUACUAAUGCAGUUCCUUGAAAACAAAGUGGCUGUGGAACUCACUCGGUCUGAAUUUGUUGAAGCACAGGAGGCACUGAUUCAAAUGAAGAAUUGGUUCAUUAGGUUUCCAACCAUUUUACAGGCUUGUGAGAGCAUCAUUGAGAUGCUCAGGGGACAGUAUGCUCAUUCUGUUGGCUGUUAUAGUGAAGCAGCUUUUCAUUAUGUUGAAGCAGCAAAGCUAACAGAGAGCAAAUCGAUGCAAGCUAUGUGCCACGCUUAUGCAGCUGUCUCUUACUUCUGCAUUGGAGAUGCUGAAUCAUCUUCGCAGGCAAUCGAUUUGAUUGGACCAGAUUACCAAAUGAAGGAUUCUUUUAUCGGAGUUCGAGAGGAAGCAAGUCGCCAUUUUGCUUAUGGCCUUCUAUUAAUGAGGCAACAAAAUUUCCAAGAAGCAAGAAAUCUCCUAGCCAAAGGUUUGCAGAUUGCUCAUAAUCAUAUGGGGAACCUUCAACUUGUUUCUCAGUAUUUGACAAUCCUUGGGAGUUUGGCACUCGCUCUGCAUGACACAGUACAAGCCAGAGAGAUAUUGAGAUCGUCUCUUACAUUGGCAAAGAAGCUUUCUGAUAUUCCAACUCAGAUCUGGGUGCUAUCUGUUUUGACAGCUUUGUAUCAACAGUUGGGUGAGAAAGGGAAUGAAAUGGAGAAUGAUGAAUAUCGAAUAAAGAAGUUAGAUGAUCUGCAAAAGAGACUUGCCGAUGCAUAUUCAUCCAUUCAUCACAUUGAAUUAAUUGACAAAGUAAAACUUGACGUUCAGCAAUUUAAUGAGCUUGACAUUAAGCGUGCAAUGGAAGGCCAAUCUAUGAGAGUCAAUCUUGAUAUUCCAGAGUCUAUUGGUCUAUCGACACCAUUACCCAUGCCAUCAUCAUCAAGGCUGGUUGAUUUGGACACUGGGAGACGUGGGAAGAGAAAAAUCUAGUUCCGUCUUUUCUCUUUUUUAAAUAGUUUUAUUUUGUUGGGGGUUUUGUAAAUUUUUUAAGGUUUAGAAAAAUUAAGCUUGAUUAAGGUUAGUUAGCGAGGAUAACCUUGUCAAUUAGGUUUGAUGCAGUGCAACACAAAGUCAAGAGAUCAAUAUUGUUCAUACCAACUUUGGAUGUAAAUCAAGCUUGGGGUAGGUUGUGUGUGAUAAAAAAGAGAGAAUUACGUUCAUAGAACUUCAAUUCAUAGAUUAUAGAAUAUAUUCCAUUUUAGCCAUAUAUGGCAUUCUUCA